AUGGGAAGAGAUAGUAGUAAUGGCUGGGGGCUAUUACCAGCACCGAGUGUAGCUCCGGUGAGUAAUAGUGUAGAGAGAGAAGGGCAUUGGAAAAACUUAGACAGCUCUGUCAAUGCGGUGUCUUUUGGGUUUGUCGCCACCGCGAUUCUCAUUUCUAUGUUCCUUGUUAUGGCUAUUUUUGAGAGGUUUCUCCGGUCGAGAUCUCCGGCGGCCAGUGGCCGGAGUGGUGGGGAUCUCGCGGCACAAAUGAUGGCCAAUGGGAAGCUCAGUUACCCAUCUCCCAGA